CAUUCCCACUGUGGCGCUCUGCGCAGCUCCAGUUGAAGGCUCCUGCUCCUCAGCACCAAACUUCAGGGAAAGCUACACUGUAUUUAAGACAAACAAUGAGUUAUUUACGAGCAUAAAUUGGACUCGUAGUUGAUUUCCCAGUUGAUCUGCACAAGUGUAGUUCAGUCGGUCCUGGUGUUGCAGUCAAAGCGCACAGCGAGAGAUCAUGCACUGUCAAGCCGAGCUGAGGCUCUCCACACCCGGGCAGCUGAAGGCUGCCAGAAGGCGCUACAAGACGUUCAUGAUAGACGAGAUCCUCUCCAAGGAGACUUGUGAUUAUUUCGAGAAACUUUCCCUGUACUCUGUGUGCCCUUCGCUCAUUGUUCGACCGAAGCCUCUUCAUUCAUGUUCGGGCUCCUCAUCACUACGUGCCUACCCACUCCUCUCGGUGAUCACGCGGCAGCCGCCCAACCUACCUCACCACCUCCCCCAGCCGUCGUCUCCGGGUGGGGUCCACUCGCACCUGCCCUUGCUCUCCCCUCAGCAUCCGCGAGGCUCCGAGCCCUCCCCCAGCCAGACGCCCCUCAGCAUCAGCAGUGAAUCGGAAACGGAACGCAGCACGCCCCGUCUGAAAAAACCCCGUCGUAGCCGCACCAUAUUCACUGAGCUGCAGCUUAUGGGCUUGGAAAAGAAGUUUCAGAAGCAGAAGUACCUCUCCACACCUGAUAGGUUAGACCUAGCCCAGUCACUUGGCCUCACUCAACUUCAGGUGAAGACAUGGUACCAAAACAGACGAAUGAAGUGGAAGAAAAUGGUUCUUAAAGGAGGUCACGAGGCACCUACUAAGCCCAAAGGAAGACCCAAGAAGAACUCCAUUCCCACCACAGAGGAAAUAGAGGCAGAAGAGAGGAGAAUGAAGAUAGAAGAAGAAGAGAGGAUGAGGAGGGCGGUCGGCGAAGCGGCGCUGGCUCACGGAGGAGAGGCGUCGUCGGAAUCUCAAGAUCUCAGCUCGGUCCCGACCGUGGCUGCAGAAACUCACAAUCCAGCCACGUCGAUGGAAGGAUCUGAGCGAAAGAUGCCACUCCUGAUGCCUUCAGAGACUCACGUGGCCAGUUAAAGCAGACGAACCAACCAAAGACUAAUGCCAACCAGAAAACAAAUAGUGCCUCAGGAUCACUGUAAAAAGCCUGUGUGUCGUUUUAGAGCCAUUCGAGGUAGGGAUUUUUGACUGGAAAACACGGCGGCAUCCAAUCUUAUACCUAAUGUAGCCUAUUGUUAUUUUGUCGAAAUUGUGGAAAGCUAGCAUGUAUAGACACUCAUUGCACUGGUGAAAAUUAGGAUUAAAAAAAAAAAAAAAAAAGAAAAAGCUGUAUUUGAGCAAGUCCGUCACAUAUGGAGUGUAAAUCUGUCAAAUCCAACCAGGUCAUUCAAGCCUUAAUCACAACACAGUAUUGCAACGUUUGUAUUACUCACACCUCUCGAUCCUCACAGCUGCCUCAAGUUGUGUUAUGUGCCAAAAUAUCAAAGUUUGCCUUAACGUAGUGUAUCUGUGUAUUAUAAAUCACUGCCAAAAACUGUAAUACUACAUGGUUACAGUGCCUUGCUGGUCUCAGAGGAAAAGCUUUUAAAGUGUUGAUAUGAUAACUUCAAAUGCAAGUAUAUUUUUUACAGUGCUUUUGAUUACAAGUGCCAUUUUUGGAGACAGAGUUAAAAAGUUUAGAUGGAGAAUAAUUUGUGUUUGAAUUAUUUUUUUUUCUCCUUACAAUUUAAGGUGCAAACAUGUCCGUUAUUUGGUUAGUAUAGCUUGCAUUCACAUUAAAAAAAAAAAAAAAUAGAAAUAAAAAAUCAGUCUAUCUAUAAAUCUAUAUCUGUCAAGCUACACACUGUAUCAUACUGUAGAAAUAUGUAUAAAGUAUAAAAUAUAU